CGCUCUUCCAAGAGCAGUACGGACGGCGAUGUACUGAUAUCUAUAUCCAGAACUAGAGAAAGUGUCUCGAGAUGUCGAAGGACGGAGACCUAGGCGAGAGUUCCCAUUCCCGGCGUGUAGAGCAACCGCCGCCGGUUUCAUCUGCGACUAGGGUUCGAGCCCGAGCAGACUCGUUCCUACUCACCUGUAGAGUUUUCAGCUUCGUCACUUCGGUGGCUGCAAUUCUCUGCAUUGCCGUCAAUGUUUACUCCGCUUUCCGAUCAUUCAGAAACGGAUAUGAUGUGUUUGAUGGAAUUUUCCGGUGUUAUGCGGUUGUGAUUGCAAUGAUUGUGGUUGUUGCUGAAACGGAAUGGGGGUUCUUCAUCAAGUUCUGGAAGGUAUUGGAAUAUUGGGCUGGAAGGGGUAUGCUGCAAAUAUUUGUUGCAGUAAUGACCAGAGCUUACCCUGAAUAUAGUGGGCAACAACAUGAGUUGAUUCUUGUCCAGCAAAUAGCAAGCUACUUGCUUCUUGCAUGUGGUGCCAUUUAUGUCCUAUCAGGAAUAUUAUGCAUUGGGUUUCUCAAACGGGCUCACCAGAAUAAAGAAAUUUCCAAGGAGCAAACAAUUAUGGAUCUGGAGGCUCUAGAGCGUCGCAGAGAACAGCUUACAGCCUUAUUGGCGCAAGAGAAUCCAUAAGAAUAUGGAGCCAUCCUUAAUGUGAACAAUUUUGAGAGCUUCACAACACUGCCCAAACAAGUCUAUUAACUGCUUGCAACUGCCCUUUUACAUAUAUGAAUGAAGUCUCUAUGCCUCUACGGUACAUGUUCAUGAAUUAUUAAUCCUUUAUGUCUUCUUUUCUAUUUGGGGCUACUAUGGUGUCUGAAGAGAACUGAUAGUGUGCAAUUAGGAUAUGAAGAAUACCUACUGGCAUGCUUCUUAUGCACACACACGCAAUACAUGAGUAUGACCUUCUACCUCUGUCUCAAAGCGUUUGUUCAGUUUGAUUUUUUUUUGAGUCAAAAUGGACGGGGGGAGGAAUAUUAGGCUCUUCAAUUCCCUGACAUUGUUCCAUUUUACAGAUAUAUUCCUGUUUUGGUUACGUUGCACUUUUUUUUACUGGUCUUAGUACUACGUAUUCAAUGGUGCUAAACCGUUGCUUCUAAUGAAGUUUUAGGUAGUAAAUGCAGUAAUGCAUCAACGGUUUAACGUCGUCUACCUGUAAGAUCUUACUAGAGUAAGACUUCGUAUAUCUUGACCCCUAGACCUCAACGAUGUUGGG